AUGGCGGACAUGAACAAGAGUUGUAAGUCUUGCGAAUUUGUUUUAAAAGUCUCCCAUCGAUUCUGCCCUAACUGUGGCGAUCCCUUCAAUGAAUUAGAUGCUCUUGAAAGUUUAGAUGAACGAGGUCUUAUAAGUUAUUACUUUUCUUGUGGAUUCACCUAUCGAAGUAUUGUUAAAAUACUGGAAAAAAGACACGAUUUGUCGAUCUCGUACAGUACAUUGAAGUUACGGUUAAAAGAAUACAACUUGAAAAGACGUGGUGUAGAAUAUGAUGAUGAAAUCGUCCAUCAUAGAAUUGUUCAACUGCUGGAUGGGCCUGGAUGUAUUGCCGGUUACCGUACAGUUUGGCAUACUUUACAAAAAGAAGGCAUUCAAGUACCCAGGCAUGUCGUGGAAGAGAAACUGAAGGAACUAGAUCCGGAAGGAUGCGAGAUGCGCAAGCGAAAAUGCUUGAAAAGGCGUCAGUAUUAUAACUCUGGACCAAACCAUGCCUGGCAUGUGGAUGGUUAUGACAAACUUAAGCCAUAUGGUUUUCCUAUUCAUGGUGCCAUCGAUGGCUGGAGUAGGAAAAUCAUGUGGCUGAGAGUUGCCAGGUCGAACAACCUACCUGAAAUUCCUGCAACCUUUUAUCUUGAGUGUGUUGCUGAACAUGAAGGAUGCCCAGUUAAAGUACGAUCAGACUGCGGCACAGAAAAUGGUAUAAUCGCAGCAAUGCACUGUGAAUUCCGGAAUGAUGAAAACGCACAUAGUUUUGGACAGUCUGUUGCAAAUCAAUGCAUCGAAGGGUGGUGGUCCUUCUUUCGCAAAAAUCGCUCAACAUGGUGGAUCAACCUAUUUAAGGACUUGGUAGAGACACAGGUUCUUACAUUGGGUAAUGAAAUGGAAAUGGAGUGUUUAUGGUACUGUUUUUCCACACUUAUCCAGAAAGAUCUUGAUAUAACUAAAGAACAUUGGAAUACCCACUACAUUAGGAAGUCCCAUCACAAUACUGUAAGUGGUAGACCCGAUGAGCUUUUCUAUAUACCAGAGUUGCAUGGAGGUGAAGAUGGUCUCCUUAGUCAGAUAUCUCUCUCUCAGAUCCAAUUUGUUGCAGACAAUUUACUGCAAUAUGAAGAAGAGGAAAACUUGUACCAAGAAUACUUUAAUUAUUUGUGUGAAGGCUUACAUCUUCAGAAACCUAUGACUUGGAGGGAAGGCUUAUUGUUGUAUCAAAGGUUAAUUGAAAUUGCAAGAGGAUAA